AAAUAUGACUGAAAUGGAAGGCAAGCGGGGCCAUAUGCAUGACUGCGGGGUAACUUCUGCCCCGCUCCGCUCACUUCAACUUCACAAGCAAUCUACCACACCCAUCAUUCAACAUCCACCCAUCAUCCGAAACCCUUAAGAUGACACCUUUAACUCAAUCUUCUGUAGUUCUUAUUACCGCCUCAUCAGCAGGACUGGGCGCCGCUACAGCUCGACUCUUUGCUUCUCACGGUAUUCGCGUUAUCAUCAAUUAUUAUUCCAGCCAUGCAAAAGCACAAAGCCUGGUUGAUGAAUUGGAAGAUCUUGAACGGAGCAAGAUACCAAAUGAUAGUGAAAAGGGAAAGAAAAUUACAGCCAUAAAGGCUGAUAUGUCGAAGAAAGAUGAGGUAGAGAGAUUGGUUAAGGAGAGCAUAGACCAAUGGGGACGAUUAGAUGUUGGUAUGUUUAUAUCUCUAACUCCCCUGUUUUUUUUUAUCUAUUUAUAUCCUACUUGUAGAUCAAAAGAUCUAACAUAGAUAACAGUCGUAUCGAACCAUGGCUGGACUCAAAUUCGCAACUUUCAAGACCUAGAUGAUAACGUCGUUGAAGAAGAUUGGGAUCGCUGUUUCAGUAUGAAUGUUAAGUCACAUUUAUGGCUUUUUCAUGCUGUGAAACCAUACUUAGAGAAGACUGAUGGAAGUUUUAUAUCCACUGCUAGUAUUGCGUAAGUCUUUUUCUAUCUUCCCUUCUUUUAUCAUUGUAGGUAGAAAGAAGGGCAUACGAUGACUAACGAAAUGAUUUUUAGGGGGGUAAAACCUGGUGGGAGUUCUAUGGUAUGUUUUUCCCUGAAAAUUGAUGGACAUGGAUGUAGAUAAGAGCUAAUUGAUGGACACCAGGCAUAUUCUGUAACGAAAGCUGCUCAGAUACAUCUCAUUAAGACAUUAGCUGUCACAUCAACAAUACGUGUGAAUUCCGUUUCACCAGGAUUAAUGCUUACGGUAUGUCCAACAUCCUUUCCUUCUGUGUCAUUAACUUUAAAUAUCACAAAAUACCAAUGUUACUCGAUGAACAUCGUAUACAUAAUCAGACAAAUGUAAUGAACUAAUAUCAACCAUCACAGGACUGGGGACUCCAAUUUCCCGAAUCUAAAGUAGAAGCAAUGAAAAAGAAGAGCCCAUUAGGAAGACUCGCCACUGUUGAAGAAGUGGCUAGACAAAUAUACUGUUUAGCCGAGAGUGAGAGUACUACUGGUACAAAUUCUAUCAUUGAUGGUGGUAUUCAUCUAGGGAAGUAGAAUAGAGGGGUCUGAGAAAUGUCUCACAUGAAAGAGCAUGUGCAUAUAAGUUUUGAUAUCAGUCGUUCUUGACAAAUCGACUUUAUUCUCCAUUACACUCAUAAAGAAAGACUCCUAUAAUACCGGCAAAAAUCCGACACCAAACGAAUCAACCC